CACUAACGGUGCGGGCGCGCUGCCGCAGCACACGGAGGUGGAUCCAUCCCAUCCCAGGAAAAUGGGGUCCAAACAGAUCGCCCAGGAAACGUUUGAUGAUGCAGUGCAGGAGAACAUCACCGAGUUUGAGAUGGAUCCCGAGGAGGCUGUGAGAGAAGCUGUGCUGCAGUUCGAGUCCCAAGGUGUGGACCUGAGCAAUAUUGUGAAAGCUGUGCGACCUCCUGCCUCUGAGAACGGGCAGAGGCAAAAGCAUCAAAUCCUGCUGACGCUGGACUCGCUGGCCAGAGCCGUGGCAGAGGCAGAUAUGGGCGAGUUGCCCCAGCAGCUCUCAGCCUUCGCUGCACAGUGCAAGGAGCAGCUGGCCUUCCGCUACCUGGCCGGCCAGAAGGGCGCCUACCCCGUGGUGUUCUCAGCCUGCCAGCUGGCUGCAGGAGACAGGGAGUUACUGCUGCAAGCCUUGUGCACGCUGUCAGCCCUGCUGGACGGGCAGCCAGACCUGCUGGAUGCCGCUGGGCAGGAGCUGCUGCUGCAGAGCCUGCGGGAGCGGCGCGACGACGCGGACAUGACGCUGGCCGGGAUCCGCUGCCUCCGGCACGCCUGCCUCAAGCACGAGCAGAACAGGCAGGACUUUGUCAAGGGGGGGAUCCUCCCUCUCCUCACCGGGGCCAUCGUCCAGCACGGGCACAGCGCCGAGGUGGUCAGGACAGCGGCCUCGGCGCUCAGGAUCAUGACGUUCGAUGACGACAUCCGCGUGCCCUUCGGACACGCCCACGACCAUGCCAAGAUGAUUGUCCUGGAGAACGAUGGGCUGAGAGUCCUCAUUGAGGCUGCUAAAGCCUUCACAGAUAACUCGGGGGUUCUGAGCGAGCUCUGUGCCACCCUGUCCCGCCUGUCUGUCAGGAAUGAGUUCUGCCAGGACAUCGUGGACCUCGGGGGCCUGAAUUUCAUGGUGACUCUGCUGGCUGACUGCAUGGAGCACCCGGACGUGGUGAAGCAGGUGCUCAGCGCCAUCCGCGCCGUGGCCGGCAACGACGACGUCAAAGACGCCAUCGUGGACGCCGGGGCCACCGAGCUGAUCGUGCUGGCCAUCAGCCACCACCUGGGCAACCCCCAGAUCUGUGAGCAGGGCUGUGCUGCCCUGUGCGUGCUGGCCCUGCGCAAGCCCGAGAACUGCAGCGUCAUCAUGGAGGGCGGCGGGGCCCUGGCAGCCCUGCAGGCCAUGAAGGCUCACCCACGAGAGGUGGCUGUCCAGAAACAGGCGUGCAUGCUGAUCCGGAACCUGGUGUCGCGCAGCCGGGACCUGUCGCAGCCCAUCCUGGCCAUGGGGGCCGAGCUGCUGAUCGCCGAGGCUCGCGCCGCCCACCGCGACUGCGACGACGUGGCCAGGGCUGCCCUCAGGGACCUGGGCUGCCAAGUGGAGCUGAGGGAGCUCUGGACGGGCCAGAAGGGGAGCCUGGCUCAGUGAAUGCUGCUCUCGCCAAGCAGGGAAGAUCCAAGGCCCCUCUGGAAUGGCGUGGGAGAAGCCGCAGGCGGGGAUUGUUGCCCAGCUGGGAAUGCCCGAAGCGGACGUGGCUUGGGGAGAGGCUGCAGGGAACUUUUUCUUUUUUGCCUCGGGAGCUACAGCUGAAAUGGCUUUUCUGCAUUCACAGGCUGCAAAAUCAGCUCAGUGUAGUGAUCAUUGCCUGGGUCAUCUCAUGGCUGAAGAUGAUCUGCUCCCCCCCGGCGUGCAGGACGGGGCUGUUGGCCCUGCUCUGGUCCCCGUGGUGACAGCAGCAGUGGCUCUCUCCUGCCCAGAGUCUGGCUGCUGCUUUGUCCCCUGCUCAGGGGCUGGAUGAGGAGGAAUCCCCCAGCGUUUGUGAACGUGCUCUCCUCUCCGUUCCAUUCCCCCGUUCUUUUACUGCUGACCCUACUCUCGUGUCGCUGCUUUGUUUGGGAAUUUUCCGCCAGCGUAAGGUUUUAAACAAAAAAAACAAAAAAAA